AUGUCGCAAGCGCAAAAUCAAGUGCAAUGGCUCAAAUCCGUGAGUACACCGGUGGAUAGCUUCAUUGCUUCGUACUUACCCCCCAACGAGGUGCAAAACUUGUCAGUUACGGAACACAGAAUAGACUAUAUUCGGCAUCGUCGCAAGAAAAAUGAACAUGGAGAAUCUAGUCCAAGAAACUCGCCUCGUUCAGAUCCGAUCUCGGCUCAAUCCUCACAGCAAACAUCAACUGUUAUGCAGGGGUUUCCGAAGAGUGUCUCGGCAACCCAACAGGCUUCUCCGUCAUGCUCAAUGCAAUUAUACUAUGGGCCGACCUCUCACUUCUCUCUAAUGCAACACGUCUAUAGAGAUCUGAUGUCACAUCCGACUGCCCAGCCUGAAUCGUCUGAAGGUGUUGUCGAAGCCUCAGCUGGCUUGGACCUGUUCUCUUUUCGUCGGAUAUUCUUCGGAACACCCGAUUCACAUGAAAACAACAGGCCCAAUGGGCUAGGGGAUGUCCCUGUGAUGUUCCUUCCGUAUGACCUGGCCAAGUUGUUCAUGUCAAGAUAUCUAUCUUCUCUCUAUCAUAUGCUGCCACAUCGUCCUACAAUAUGGUAUGAGCAGUGUCUUGAUCAGUUAUAUCAUUCUUCCCCCACAAACACUUUAGACACCCUCACCCAGUCAAUCAUCUUGCUCGCCUUGGCGUGUAUGUCCCUUGGCACAGACCACUACUCCUGGGGUGACAUAUUGUUUGAGCGUGUCAAGGCUUCAAUGACAGCAUUUGAUGAUGUCGUGAAUCUCCAAACCAUUCAGUCACCCCUCUUUUGCGUUUCUACACGGCUGCUGACAUACCAACGUUCAUACGGCAACUACCAGAAUGAACAAGGUCGCCCUAAUGCGGCAUUCUUACACCUUGGCACAGCUACUAGGAAGGCUCUAGCAGCUGGCAUGCAUAAGGAUGUUCCCGACAACAUUGAUCAAUCGCCGGCAAACCUUGAAGAACGGAGAGUCACAUUCUGGUCUCUUUACGCUUACGAAACUUGGUUUUGCUUUCAUGCCGGCCGUCCUUCAUCUCUAUCACUGAAGGACGUUGCUAUUGACGUGGCACAUAAUCCUUUCAUUCGAUUAUUGGCAGGGCUUUGCAAAACCAUUACUCGGUCCUCUGAUGAGAUCUAUGGCCAAAGACAUGAAUCUUUGUUACAUAUGUGGAAGGUCGCACGCAGCAUCGCAGAUGACCUCCGUGGCCACGAAGCACACAUGAAACAAGCUUUAGGAAUCGGUCUUGAUUCUGGCAUACAAACUGGAUCCCUUGGGGUCCAGCAAACUAUAUUCACCACCCUAUACUAUCACACUAUGCUUCUUACCUUCCGCCCAUUUUUGAUAUUCCGUGGCCACUGGCAGCGUGAUUUAAAAAUGUCGCUCAACAGAUCCAAGGACAAUACUGGAAACCGCCCCACAGAAACGCCAUCUUGGCUCAACGAGGCUUGUAACCAUGCUACCACUGCUGCCCAAAAAACCCUUUAUCAUUUGUGUCAGGCUUCUAGACUCAAUGAUUUGGUUCUGCAACUUCGCUACCACGGCUAUUUUAUGGGAAGCUCUACUUUCACUCUCAUUUACGAGUUGAUUCAUAACCCGAACGUCGCAUCCUGUUAUCUACCAUGGAUUUACGCUGCCAUGCAAAACCUCUCCACAAUGCGCGCAGGUGACCCUAUCACAAGUACAAUUUCAGCCUUGCAAACUGUGCUUUGCAAAAUCAACCCGUCAUACGGAUGGUCUUCAUAUCCGGCUAUCAUGGGAGAACCAAUCGGGCAGCCAGAAAUGACAACAACCACACCACAUGGACUUUCUCAUCAACGCACGGAUCGUUCAAUUGUGAAUGAUGCUGCUAUCUCUCAGGGAUUAUCCUUUGGGUACCGCCCGGAUAUGCCGGUAUCACCUUGGAAUCUCCCACAGCUUGAAAUUCCAGAAACGGGAGCAUCUGGCGGUUCUGGAGAGGAAUUGCUUGAUUUUACGCAGGCUGACAUGGGCUGGGACUUUGACUUUUCUACCAUGGAUCUUGAAGCAUUCUUUUCUGUCUAUCAGUCCAAUGACGCACUGACCUAUUAG